UUGUCGCACCAGAUGGAGAGCACUCAUCCGGGCAAUCAACUAAAGCACGCGUGCCGCCUGGCUGCUCCCACCACCACCACCACCAUCACCACCACCACCACCACCACCACCACCACCACCACCACCACCACCACCACCACCACCACCACAAUCACCACCACCACCACCACAAUCACCACCACCACCACCACCACCACCACCACCACCACCACCACCACCACCACCACCACCACCACCACCACCACCACCACCACCACCACCACCACCACCACCACCACCACCACCACCACCACCACCACCACCACCACCACCACCACCACCACCACCACCACCACCACCACCACCACCACCACCACAAUCACCACCACCACCACCACAAUCACCACCACCACCACCACCACCACCACCACCACAAUCACCACCACAAUCACCACCACAACCCAUAAAUUGGAGAAGCGAGAGAGCAGGGAGGAAGGGAAGCGAGAGAGCAGGGAGGAAGAGAGGCGAGAGAGCAGGGAGGAAGAGAGGCGAGAGAGCAUGGAGGAAGAGAAGCGAGAGAGCAGGGAGGAAGAGAAGCGAGAGAGCAGGGAGGAAGAGAGGCGAGAGAGCAGGGAGGAAGAGAGGCGAGAGAGCAGGGAGGAAGAGAGGCGAGAGAGCAGGGAGGAAGAGAAGCGAGAGAGCAGGGAGGAAGAGAGGCGAGAGAGCAGGGAGGAAGAGAGGCGAGAGAGCAGGGAGGAAGAGAGGCGAGAGAGCAGGGAGGAAGAGAGGCGAGAGAGCAGGGAGGAAGAGAAGCGAGAGAGCAGGGAGGAAGAGAGGCGAGAGAGCAGGGAGGAAGAGAGGCGAGAGAGCAGGGAGGAAGAGAGGCGAGAGAGCAGGGAGGAAGAGAGGCGAGAGAGCGGGGAGGAAGAGAGGCGAGAGAGCAGGGAGGAAGAGAGGCGAGAGAGCAGGGAGGAAGAGAAGCGAGAGAGCAGGGAGGAAGAGAAGCGAGAGAGCAGGGAGGAAGAGAGGCGAGAGAGCAGGGAGGAAGAGACGCGAGAGAGCAGGGAGGAAGAGAAGCGAGAGAGCAGGGAGGAAGAGAGGCGAGAGAGCAGGGAGGAAGAGAGGCGAGAGAGCAGGGAGGAAGAGAGGCGAGAGAGCAGGGAGGAAGAGAGGCGAGAGAGCAGGGAGGAAGAGAAGCGAGAGAGCAGGGAGGAAGAGAAGCGAGAGAGCAGGGAGGAAGAGAGGCGAGAGAGCAGGGAGGAAGAGAGGCGAGAGAGCAGGGAGGAAGAGAGGCGAGAGAACAGGGAGGAAGAGAGGCGAGAGAACAGGGAGGAAGAGAGGCGAGAGAGCAGGGAGGAAGAGAAGCGAGAGAGCAGGGAGGAAGAGAAGCGAGAGAGCAGGAAGGAAAAGAGGCGAGAGAGCAGGGAGGAAGAGAAGCGAGAGAGCAGGGAGGAAGAGAAGCGAGAGAGCAGGGAGGAAGAGAGGCGAGAGAGCAGGGAGGAAGAGAGGCGACAGAGCAGGGAGGAAGAGAGGCGAGAGAGCAGGAAGGAAGAGAAGCGAGAGAGCAGGGAGGAAGAGAGGCGAGAGAGCAGGGAGGAAGAGAGGCGAGAGAGCACGGAGGAAGAGAGGCGAGAGAGCAGGGAGGAAGAGAGGCGAGAGAGAAGGGAGGAAGAGAGGCGAGAGAGCAGGGAGGAAGAGAGGCGAGAGAGCAGGGAGGAAGAGAGGCGAGAGAGCACGGAGGAAGAGAGGCGAGAGAGCAGGGAGGAAGAGAGGCGAGAGAGCAGGGAGGAAGAGAAGCGAGACAGCAGGGAGGAAGAAAAGCGAGAGAGCAGGGAGGAAGAGAAGCGAGAGAGCAGGGAGGAAGAGAAGCGAGAGAGCAGGGAGGAAGAGAAGCGAGAGAGCAGGGAGGAAGAGAAGCGAGAGAGCAGGGAGGAAGAGAGGCGAGAGAGCAGGGAGGAAGAGAGGCGAGAGAGCAGGGAGGAAGAGAAGCGAGAGAGCAGGGAGGAAGAGAGGCGAGAGAGCAGGGAGGAAGAGAAGCGAGAGAGCAGGGAGGAAAAGAGGCGAGAGAGCAGGGAGGAAGAGAGGCGAGAGAGCAGGGAGGAAGAGAAGCGAGAGAGCAGGGAGGAAGAGAGGCGAGAGAGCAGGGAGGAAGAGAGGCGACAGAGCAGGGAGGAAGAGAGGCGAGAGAGCAGGAAGGAAGAGAAGCGAGAGAGCAGGGAGGAAGAGAGGCGAGAGAGCAGGGCGGAAGAGAAGCGAGAGAGCAGGGAGGAAGAGAAGCGAGAGAGCAGGGAGGAAGAGAAGCGAGAGAGCAGGGAGGAAGAGAGGCGAGAGAGCAGGGAGGAAGAGAGGCGAGAGAGCAGGGAGGAAGAGAAGCGAGAGAGCAGGGAGGAAGAGAGGCGAGAGAGCAGGGAGGAAGAGAAGCGAGAGAGCAGGGAGGAAAAGAGGCGAGAGAGCAGGGAGGAAGAGAGGCGAGAGAGCAGGGAGGAAGAGAAGCGAGAGAGCAGGGAGGAAGGGAAGCGAGAGAGCAGGGAGGAAGAGAGGCGAGAGAGCAGGGAGGAAGAGACGCGGGAGAGCAGGGAGGAAGAGACGCGAGAGAGCAGGGAGGAAGAGAGGCGAGAGAGCAGGGAGGAAGAGAGGCGAGAGAGCAGGGAGGAAGAGAGGCGAGAGAGGAGGGAGGAAGGGAAGCGAGAGAGCAGGGAGGAAGAGAAGCGAGAGAGCAGGGAGGAAGAGAAGCGAGAGAGCAGAGAGGAAGAGAGGCGAGAGAGCAGGGAGGAAGAGAAGCGAGAAAGCAGGGAGGAAGAGAGGCGAGAGAGCAGGGAGGAAGAGAGGCGAGAGAGCAUGGAGGAAGAGAGGCGAGAGACCAGGGAGGAAGAGAGGCGAGAGAGCAGGGAGGAAGAGAAGCGAGAGAGCAGGGAGGAAGAGAGGCGAGAGAGCAGGGAGGAAGAGAGGCGAGAGAGCAGGAAGGAAGAGAGGCGAGAGAGCAGGGAGGAAGAGAAGCGAGAGAGCAGGGAGGAAGAGAGGCGAGAGAGCAGGGAGGAAGAGACGCGAGAAAGAAGGAAGGAAGAGAGGCGAGAGAGCAGGGAGGAAGAGAAGCGAGAGAGCAGGGAGGAAGAGAGGCAAGAGAGCAGGGAGGAAGAGAAGCGAGAGAGCAGGGAGGAAGAGAAGCGAGAGAGCAGGGAGGAAGGGAAGCGAGAGAGCAGGAAGGAAGAGAAGCGAGAGAGAAGGGAGGAAGAGAGGCGAGAGAGCAGGGAGGAAGAGAAGCGAGAGAGCAGGGUGGAAGAGAGGCGAGAGAGCAGGGAGGAAGAGAGGCAAGAGAGCAGGGAGGAAGAGAGGCGAGAGAGCAGGGAGGAAGAGAAGCGAGAGAGCAGGGAGGAAGAGAGGCGAGAGAGCAGGGAGGAAGAGAAGCGAGAGAGCAGGGAGGAAGAGAGGCGAGAGAGCAGGGAGGAAGAGAGGCGAGAGAGCAGGGAGGAAGAAGCAGGAAGGAAGAGAAGAAGAGAGCAGGGAGUAAGAGAAGCGAGAGAGCAGGGAGGAAGAGAGGCGAGAGAGCAGGGAGGAAGAGAAGCGAGAGAGCAGGGAGGAAGAGAGGCGAGAGAGCAGGGAGGAAGAGAGGCGAGAGAGCAGGGAGGAAGAGAAGCGAGAGAGCAGGGAGGAAGAGAGGCGAGAGAGCAGGGAGGAAGAGAAGAGAGAGAGCAGGGAGGAAGAGAGGCGAGAGAGCAGGGAGGAAGAGAGGCGAGAGAGCAGGGAGGAAGAGAAGCGAGAGAGCAGGGAGGAAGGGAAGCGAGAGAGCAGGGAGGAAGAGAGGCGAGAGAGCAGGGAGGAAGAGACGCGAGAGAGCAGGGAGGAAGAGAAGCGAGAGAGCAGGGAGGAAGAGAAGCGAGAGAGCAGGGAGGAAGAGAGGCGAGAGAGCAGGGAGAAAGAGAAGCGAGAGAGCAGGGAGGAAGAGAGGCGAGAGAUCAGGGAGGAAGAGAAGCGAGAGAGCAGGGAGGAAGAGAGGCGAGAGAGCAGGAAGGAAGAGAGGCGAGAGAGCAGGGAGGAAGAGAGGCGAGAGAGCAGGGAGGAAGAGAAGCGACAGAGCAGGGAGGAAGAGAGGCGGGAGAGCAGGGACGAAGAGAAGCGAGAGAGCAGGGAGGAAGAGAGGCGAGAGAGCAGGGAGGAAGAGAAGCGAGAGAGCAGGGAGGAAGAGAGGCGAGAGAGCAGAAAGGAAGAGAGGCGAGAGAGCAGGGAGGAAGAGAGGCGAGAAAGCAGGGAGGAAGAGAGGCGAGAGAGCAGGGAGGAAGAGAAGCGAGAGAGCAGGGAGGAAGAGAGGCGAGAGAGCAGGAAGGAAGAGAGGCGAGAGAGCAGGGAGGAAGAGAAGCGAGAGAGCAGGGAGGAAGAGAGGCGAGAGAGCAGGGAGGAAGAGAGGCGAGAGAGCAGGGAGGAAGAGAGGCGAGAGAGCAGGGAGGAAGAGAGGCGAGAGAGCAGGGAGGAAGAGAGGCGAGAGAGCAGGGAGGAAGAGAGGCGAGAGAGCAGGGAGGAAGAGAGGCGAGAAAGCAGGGAGGAAGAGAGGCGAGAGAGCAGGGAGGAAGAGAAGCGAGAGAGCAGGGAGGAAGAGAGGCGAGAGAGCAGGAAGGAAGAGAGGCGAGAGUGCAGGGAGGAAGAGACGCAAGAGAGCAGGGAGGAAGAGAGGCGAGAGAGCAGGGAGGUAGAGAAGCGAGAGAGCAGGGAGGAAGAGAGGCGAGAGAGCAGGAAGGAAGAGAGGCGAGAGAGCAGGGAGGAAGAGAAGCGAGAGAGCAGGGAGGAAGAGAAGCGAGAGAGCAGGGAGGAAGGGAAGCGAGAGAGCAGGGAGGAAGAGAAAAGAGGUUAGAGAGCAGGGAGGAAGAGAAGCGAGAGAGCAGGGAGGAAGAGAGGCGAGAGAGCAGGGAGGAAGAGAAGCGAGAGAGCAGGGAGGAAGAGAAGCGAGAGAGCAGGGAGGAAGGGAAGCGAGAGAGCAGGGAGGAAGAGAAGCGAGAGAGCAGGGAGGAACAGAGGCGAGAGAGCAGGGAGGAAGAGACGCGAGAAAGCAGGGAGGAAGAGAGGCGAGAGAGCAGGGAGGAAGAGAAGCGAGAGAGCAGGGAGGAAGAGAAGCGAGGGAGCAGGGAGGAAGGGAAGCGAGAGAGCAGGGAGGAAGAGAGGCGAGAGAGCAGGGAGGAAGAGAAGCGAGAGAGCAGGGAGGAAGAGAGGCGAGAGAGCAGAAAGGAAGAGAGGCGAGAGAGCAGGGAGGAAGAGACGCGAGAAAGCAGGGUGGAAGAGAGGCGAGAGAGGAAGGAGGAAGAGAAGCGAGAGAGCAGGGAGGAAGAGAGGCGAGAGAGCAGGAAGGAAGAGAGGCGAGAGAGCAGGGAGGAAGAGAAGCGAGAGAGCAGGGAGGAAGAGAGGCGAGAGAGCAGGGAGGAAGAGAGGCGAGAGAGCAGGGAGGAAGAGAGGCGAGAGAGCAGGGAGGAAGAGAGGCGAGAGAGCAGGGAGGAAGAGAGGCGAGAGAGCAGGGAGGAAGAGAGGCGAGAGAGCAGGGAGGAAGAGAGGCGAGAAAGCAGGGAGGAAGAGAGGCGAGAGAGCAGGGAGGAAGAGAAGCAAGAGAGCAGGGAGGAAGAGAGGCGAGAGAGCAGGAAGGAAGAGAGGCGAGAGAGCAGGGAGGAAGAGACGCAAGAGAGCAGGGAGGAAGAGAGGCGAGAGAGCAGGGAGGUAGAGAAGCGAGAGAGCAGGGAGGAAGAGAGGCGAGAGAGCAGGAAGGAAGAGAGGCGAGAGAGCAGGGAGGAAGAGAAGCGAGAGAGCAGGGAGGAAGAGAAGCGAGAGAGCAGGGAGGAAGAGAGGCGAGAGAGCAGGAAGGAAGAGAGGCGAGAGAGCAGGGAGGAAGAGAAGCGAGAGAGCAGGGAGGAAGAGAGGCGAGAGAGCAGGGAGGAAGAGAGGCGAGAGAGCAGGGAGGAAGAGAAGCGAGAGAGCAGGGAGGAAGAGAGGCGAGAGAGCAGGGAGGAAGAGAAGCGAGAGAGCAGGGAGGAAGGGAAGCGAGAGAGCAGGGAGGAAGAGAAGCGAGAGAGAAGGGAGGAAGAGAGGCGAGAGAGCAGGGAGGAAGAGAGGCGAGAGAGCAGGGAGGAAGAGAGGCGAGAGAGCAGGGAGGAAGAGAGGCGAGAGAGCAGGGAGGAAGAGAGGCGAGAGAGCAGGGAGGAAGAGAGGCGAGAGAGCAGGGAGGAAGAGAGGCGAGAAAGCAGGGAGGAAGAGAGGCGAGAGAGCAGGGAGGAAGAGAAGCGAGAGAGCAGGGAGGAAGAGAGGCGAGAGAGCAGGAAGGAAGAGAGGCGAGAGUGCAGGGAGGAAGAGACGCAAGAGAGCAGGGAGGAAGAGAGGCGAGAGAGCAGGGAGGUAGAGAAGCGAGAGAGCAGGGAGGAAGAGAGGCGAGAGAGCAGGAAGGAAGAUAGGCGAGAGAGCAGGGAGGAAGAGAAGCGAGAGAGCAGGGAGGAAGAGAAGCGAGAGAGCAGGGAGGAAGGGAAGCGAGAGAGCAGGGAGGAAGAGAGGCGAGAGAGCAGGGACGAAGAGAAGCGAGAGAGCAGGGAGGAAAAGAGGUUAGAGAGCAGGGAGGAAGAGAAGCGAGAGAGCAGGGAGGAAGAGAGGCGAGAGAGCAGGGAGGAAGAGAAGCGAGAGAGCAGGGAGGAAGAGAAGCGAGAGAGCAGGGAGGAAGGGAAGCGAGAGAGCAGGGAGGAAGAGAAGCGAGAGAGCAGGGAGGAACAGAGGCGAGAGAGCAGGGAGGAAGAGACGCGAGAAAGCAGGGAGGAAGAGAGGCGAGAGAGCAGGGAGGAAGAGAAGCGAGAGAGCAGGGAGGAAGAGAAGCGAGGGAGCAGGGAGGAAGGGAAGCGAGAGAGCAGGGAGGAAGAGAGGCGAGAGAGCAGGGAGGAAGAGAAGCGAGAGAGCAGGGAGGAAGAGAGGCGAGAGAGCAGAAAGGAAGAGAGGCGAGAGAGCAGGGAGGAAGAGACGCGAGAAAGCAGGGUGGAAGAGAGGCGAGAGAGGAAGGAGGAAGAGAAGCGAGAGAGCAGGGAGGAAGAGAGGCGAGAGAGCAGGAAGGAAGAGAGGCGAGAGAGCAGGGAGGAAGAGAAGCGAGAGAGCAGGGAGGAAGAAGGCGAGAGAGCAGGGAGGAAGAGAGGCGAGAGAGCAGGGAGGAAGAGAGGCGAGAGAGCAGGGAGGAAGAGAGGCGAGAGAGCAGGGAGGAAGAGAGGCGAGAGAGCAGGGAGGAAGAGAGGCGAGAAAGCAGGGAGGAAGAGAGGCGAGAGAGCAGGGAGGAAGAGAAGCAAGAGAGCAGGGAGGAAGAGAGGCGAGAGAGCAGGAAGGAAGAGAGGCGAGAGAGCAGGGAGGAAGAGACGCAAGAGAGCAGGGAGGAAGAGAGGCGAGAGAGCAGGGAGAGAGCAGGAAGGAAGAGAGGCGAGAGAGCAGGGAGGAAGAGAAGCGAGAGAGCAGGGAGGAAGAGAAGCGAGAGAGCAGGGAGGAAGAGAAGCGAGAGAGCAGGGAGGAAGAGAGGCGAGAGAGCAGGGACGAAGAGAAGCGAGAGAGCAGGGAGGAAAAGAGGUUAGAGAGCAGGGAGGAAGAGAAGCGAGAGAGCAGGGAGGAAGAGAGGCGAGAGAGCAGGGAGGAAGAGAAGCGAGAGAGCAGGGAGGAAGAGAAGCGAGAGAGCAGGGAGGAACAGAGGCGAGAGAGCAGGGAGGAAGAGAGGCGAGAGAGCAGGGAGGAAGAGACGCGAGAGAGCAGGGAGGAAGAGAAGCGAGAGAGCAGGGAGGAAGAGAGGCGAGAGAGCAGGAAGGAAGAGAGGCGAGAGAACAGGGACGAAGAGAAGCGAGAGAGCAGGGAGGAAAGGAAGCGAGAGAGCAGGGAGGAAGAGAAGCGAGAGAGCAGGGAGGAAGAGAGGCGAGAGAGCAGGGAGGAAGAGAGGCGAGAGAGCAGGGAGGAAGAGAGGCGAGAGAGCAGGGAGGAAGAGAGGCGAGAGAGCAGGGAGGAAGAGAGGCGACAGAGCAGGGAGGAAGAGAGGCGAGAGAGCAGGGAGGAAGAGACGCGAGAAAGCAGGGAGGAAGAGAGGCGAGAGAGCAGGGAGGAAGAGAAGCGAGAGAGCAGGGAGGAAGAGAGGCGAGAGAGCAGAAAGGAAGAGAGGCGAGAGAGCAGGGAGGAAGAGACGCGAGAAAGCAGGGAGGAAGAGAGGCGAGAGAGCAGGGAGGAAGUGAAGCGAGAGAGCAGGGAGGAAGAGAGGCGAGAGAGCAGGAAGGAAGAGAGGCGAGAGAGCAGGGAGGAAGAGAAGCGAGAGAGCAGGGAGGAAGAGAGGCGAGAGAGCAGGGAGGAAGAGAGGCGAGAAAGCAGGGAGGAAGAGAGGCGAGAGAGCAGGGAGGAAGAGAGGCGAGAGAGCAGGGAGGAAGAGAGGCGAGAGAGCAGGGAGGAAGAGAGGCGAGAGAGCAGGGAGGAAGAGAGGCGAGAAAGCAGAGAGGAAGAGAGGCGAGAGAGCAGGGAGGAAGAGAGGCGAGAGAGCAGGGAGGAAGAGAGGCGAGAGAGCAGGGAGGAAGAGAAGCGAGAGAGCAGGGAGGAAGAGAAGCGAGAGAGCAGGGAGGAAGAGAAGCGAGAGAGCAGGGAGGAAGAGAAGCGAGAGAGCGGGGAGGAAGAGAAGAAGAGAGCAGGGAGGAAGAGAAGCGAGAGAGCAGGGAGGAAGAGAGGCGAGAGAGCAGGGAGGAAGAGAAGCGAGAGAGCAGGGAGGAAGAGAGGCGAGAGAGCAGGGAGGAAGAGAGGCGAGAGAGCAGGGAGGAAGAGAAGCGAGAGAGCAGGGAGGAAGAGAGGCGAGAGAGCAGGGAGGAAGAGAAGAGAGAGAGCAGGGAGGAAGAGAGGCGAGAGAGCAGGGAGGAAGAGAGGCGAGAGAGCAGGGAGGAAGGGAAGCGAGAGAGCAGGGAGGAAGGGAAGCGAGAGAGCAGAGAGGAAGAGAGGCGAGAGAGUAGGGAGGAAGAGACGCGAGAGAGCAGGGAGGAGGAGAAGCGAGAGAGCAGGGAGGAAGUGAAGCGAGAGAGCAGGGAGGAAGAGAGGCGAGAGAGCAGGGAGAAAGAGAAGCGAGAGAGCAGGGAGGAACAGAGGCGAGAGAUCAGGGAGGAAGAGAAGCAAGAGAGCAGGGAGGAAGAGAGGCGAGAGACCAGGGAGGAAGAGAGGCAAGGGAGCAAGGAGGAAGAGAAGCGAGAGAGCAGGGAGGAAGAGAGGCGAGAGAGCAGGAAGGAAGAGAGGCGAGAGAGCAAGGAGGAAGAGAAGCGAGAGAGCAGGGAGGAAGAGAGGCGAGAGAGCAGGGAGGAAGAGAAGAGAGAGAGCAGGGAGGAAGAGAGGCGAGAGAGCAGGGAGGAAGAGAGGCGAGAGAGCAGGGAGGAAGGGAAGCGAGAGAGCAGGGAGGAAGGGAAGCGAGAGAGCAGAGAGGAAGAGAGGCGAGAGAGUAGGGAGGAAGAGACGCGAGAGAGCAGGGAGGAAGAGAAGCGAGAGAGCAGGGAGGAAGAGAGGCGAGAGAGCAGGGAGGAAGAGAAGCGAGAGAGCAGGGAGGAAGAGAGGCGAGAGAGCAGGGAGGAAGAGAGGCGAGAGAGCAGGGAGGAAGAGAAGCGAGAGAGCAGGGAGGAAGAGAGGCGAGAGAGCAGGGAGGAAGAGAAGAGAGAGAGCAGGGAGGAAGAGAGGCGAGAGAGCAGGGAGGAAGAGAGGCGAGAGAGCAGGGAGGAAGGGAAGCGAGAGAGCAGGGAGGAAGGGAAGCGAGAGAGCAGAGAGGAAGAGAGGCGAGAGAGUAGGGAGGAAGAGACGCGAGAGAGCAGGGAGGAGGAGAAGCGAGAGAGCAGGGAGGAAGUGAAGCGAGAGAGCAGGGAGGAAGAGAGGCGAGAGAGCAGGGAGAAAGAGAAGCGAGAGAGCAGGGAGGAACAGAGGCGAGAGAUCAGGGAGGAAGAGAAGCAAGAGAGCAGGGAGGAAGAGAGGCGAGAGACCAGGGAGGAAGAGAGGCAAGGGAGCAAGGAGGAAGAGAAGCGAGAGAGCAGGGAGGAAGAGAGGCGAGAGAGCAGGAAGGAAGAGAGGCGAGAGAGCAAGGAGGAAGAGAAGCGAGAGAGCAGGGAGGAAGAGAGGCGAGAGAGCAGGGAGGAAGAGAAGAGAGAGAGCAGGGAGGAAGAGAGGCGAGAGAGCAGGGAGGAAGAGAGGCGAGAGAGCAGGGAGGAAGGGAAGCGAGAGAGCAGGGAGGAAGGGAAGCGAGAGAGCAGAGAGGAAGAGAGGCGAGAGAAAGCGAGAGAGCAGGGAGGAAGAGAAGCGAGAGAGCAGGGAGGAAGAGAGGCGAGAGAUCAGGGAGGAAGAGAAGCAAGAGAGCAGGGAGGAAGAGAGGCGAGAGACCAGGGAGGAAGAGAGGCGAGGGAGCAGGGAGGAAGAGAAGCGAGAGAGCAGGGAGGAAGAGAGGCGAGAGAGCAGGGAGGAAGAGACGCGAGAAAGCAGGGAGGAAGAGAGGCGAGAGAGCAGGGAGGAAGAGAAGCGAGAGAGCAGGGAGGAAGAGAGGCGAGAGAGCAGGAAGGAAGAGAGGCGAGAGAGCAAGGAGGAAGAGAAGCGAGAGAGCAGGGAGGAAGAGAGGCGAGAGAGCAGGGAGGAAGAGAAGCGAGAGAGCAGGGAGGAAGGGAAGUGAGAGAGCAGGGAGGAAGAGAAGCGAGAGAGAAGGGAGGAAGAGAAGCGAGAGAGAAGGGAGGAAGAGAGGCGAGAGAGCAGGGAGGAAGAGAGGCGAGAGAGCAGGGAGGAAGAGAGGCGAGAGAGCAGGGAGGAAGAGAGGCGAGAGAGCAGGGAGGAAGAGAGGCGAGAGAGCAGGGAGGAAGAGAGGCGAGAGAGCAGGGAGGAAGAGAGGCGAGAAAGCAGGGAGGAAGAGAGGCGAGAGAGCAGGGAGGAAGAGAAGCGAGAGAGCAGGGAGGAAGAGAGGCGAGAGAGCAGGAAGGAAGAGAGACGAGAGAGCAGGGAGGAAGAGAAGCGAGAGAGCAGGGAGGAAGAGAGGCGAGAGAGCAGGGAGGAAGAGAAGUAAGAGAGCAGGGGGGAAGGGAAGCGAGAGAGCAUGGAGGAAGAGAAGCGAGAGAGAAGGGAGGAAGAGAGGCGAGAGAGCAGGGAGGAAGAGAGGCGAGAGAGCAGGGAGGAAGAGAGGCGAGAGAGCAGGGAGGAAGAGAGGCGAGAGAGCAGGGAGGAAGAGAGGCGAGAGACCAGGGAGGAAGAGAGGCGAGAGAGCAGGGAGGAAGAGAAGCGAGAGAGCAGGGAGGAAGAGAGGCGAGAGAGCAGGGAGGAAGAGACGCGAGAGAGCAGGGAGGAAGAGAGGCGAGAGAGCAGGGAGGAAGAGAAGCGAGAGAGCAGGGAGGAAGUGAAGCGAGAGAGCAAGGAGGAAGGGAAGCGAGAGAGCAGGGAGGAAGAGAAGCGAGAGAGAAGGGAGGAAGAGAGGCGAGAGAGCAGGGAGGAAGAGAGGCGAGACAGCAGGGAGUAAGAGAGGCGAGAGAGCAGGAGGAAGAGAGGCGAGAGAGCAGGGAGGAAGAGAGGCGAGAGAGCAGGGAGGAAGAGAGGGAGAGAGCAGGGAGGAAGAGAGCGAGAGAGCAGGGAGGAAGAGAGGCGAGAAAGCAGGGAGGAAGAGAGGCGAGAGAGCAGGGAGGAAGAGAAGCGAGAGAGCAGGGAGGAAGAGAGGCGAGAGAGCAGGAAGGAAGAGAGACGAGAGAGCAGGGAGGAAGAGAAGCGAGAGAGCAGGGAGGAAGAGAGGCGAGAGAGCAGGGAGGAAGAGAAGUAAGAGAGCAGGGGGGAAGGGAAGCGAGAGAGCAUGGAGGAAGAGAAGCGAGAGAGAAGGGAGGAAGAGAGGCGAGAGAGCAGGGAGGAAGAGAGGCGAGAGAGCAGGGAGGAAGAGAGGCGAGAGAGCAGGGAGGAAGAGAGGCGAGAGAGCAGGGAGGAAGAGAGGCGAGAGACCAGGGAGGAAGAGAGGCGAGAGAGCAGGGAGGAAGAGAAGCGAGAGAGCAGGGAGGAAGAGAGGCGAGAGAGCAGGGAGGAAGAGACGCGAGAGAGCAGGGAGGAAGAGAGGCGAGAGAGCAGGGAGGAAGAGAAGCGAGAGAGCAGGGAGGAAGUGAAGCGAGAGAGCAAGGAGGAAGGGAAGCGAGAGAGCAGGGAGGAAGAGAAGCGAGAGAGAAGGGAGGAAGAGAGGCGAGAGAGCAGGGAGGAAGAGAGGCGAGACAGCAGGGAGUAAGAGAGGCGAGAGAGCACGAGAGAGCAGGGAGGAAGGGAAGCGAGAGAGCAGGGAGGAAGAGAAGCGAGAGAGAAGGGAGGAAUAGAGGCGAGAGAGCAGGGAGGAAGAGAGGCGAGAGAGCAGGGAGGAAGAGAAGCGAGAGAGCAGGGAGGAAGAGAGGCGAGAGAGCAGGGAGGAAGAGAUGCGAGAAAGCAGGGAGGAAGAGAGGCGAGAGAGCAGUGAGGAAGAGAGGCGAGAGAGCAGGGAGGAAGAGAGCCGAGAGAGCAGGGAGGAAGAGAGGCGAGAGAGCAGGGAGGAAGAGAGGCGAGAGAGCAGGGAGGAAGAGAGGCGAGAGAGCAGGGAGGAAGAGAAGCGAGAGAGCAGGGAGGAAGAGAGGCGAGAGAGCAGGGAGGAAGAGAUGCGAGAAAGCAGGGAGGAAGAGAGGCGAGAGAGCAGGGAGGAAGAGAAGCGAGAGAGCAGGGAGGAAGAGAGGCGAGAGAGCAGGGAGGAAGAGAAGCGAGAGAGCAGGGAGGAAGAGAAGCGAGAGAGCAGGGAGGAAGGGAAGGGAGAGAGCAGGGGGAAAGAGAAGCAAGAGAGAAGGGAGGAAGAGAGGCGAGAGAGCAGGGAGGAAGAGAGGCGAGAGAGCAUGGAGGAAGAGAGGCAAGAGAGCAGGGAGGAAGAGAGGCGAGAGAGCAGGGAGGAAGAGACGCGAGAUAGCAGGGAGGAAGAGAAGCGAGAGAGCAGGGAGGAAGAGAAGCGAGAGAGCAGGGAGGAAGAGAAGCGAGAGAGCAGGGAGGAAGGGAAGUGAGAGAGCAGGGAGGAAGAGAAGCGAGAGAGAAGGGAGGAAGAGAAGCGAGAGAGAAGGGAGGAAGAGAGGCGAGAGAGCAGGGAGGAAGAGGAGGCGAGAGAGGAAGCAGGGAGGGAAGAGAGGCGAGGAGAGCAGGGAGGAAGAGAGGCGAGAGAGCACGGAGGAAGAGAGGCGAAAAGGGAGGAAGAGGGCGAGAAAGGAGGAAGAGAGGCGAGAGAGCAGGGAGGAAAGGAGGCGAGAAAAGGGAGGAAGAGAGGCGAGAAAGCAGGGAGGAAGAGAGGCGAGAGAGCAGGGAGGAAGAGAAGCGAGAGAGCAGGGAGGAAGAGAGGCGAGAGAGCAGGAAGGAAGAGAGACGGAGAGCAGGGAGGAAGAGAAGCGAGAGAGCAGGGAGGAAGAGAGGCGAGAGAGCAGGGAGGAAGAGAA